UAGGUGGGCCAGGUGGCGACAUUCUUGCCGGCCUUGCGGAUAAUGUGCUCGGUGGUGGCGGUGGCAGAGGGUGGCUAUAAUAAUUAUGACGGCGGAGGCGGUGGUUUCUACGGUGGCGGUGGACAACCGCCACCGCCACAGCAUAAGUCUAAGGGCAGCAAAGCGCUCGACUUUCUCGGCGGAUUGAUCGGCGGUCGAAAGGAGGACAGAAAAGGCCGAGACCCGAUGGGUGACAUCAUCGGCGGUCUGAUAGGUGGUGGAGGUUCGCUUUUUGUGCUUUCCUGCAUGCUAUAG